UUCUUGAAGAGAAGGUGGGGCCUUAGAUAACGAAUUUAUGACCACUCGUAGUAUUAACAUCCCGCGAAGGCAACCGAAACUCUCUCUCUUUCAUUCCAUUCAAUUGCCAUUGAGAUAAGAAGAGAGUUAAGGGAGUGGUGCAACAUUCCAACAAACAAACACAAUGGCAUCAUCUCUGCAGCCUCUUGCUGAUUUCUCCAACUCCAUUUUCAAGCCUACAACAACUACUGCCACUCCUCCCCGCCUACUUCUUCCCCACAACUUUCCACCUUCUCGUUUGGCUCCCUGCAAAGCAGCUAAUAUUAACCGCAGGCAGUUAAUAGCUGACACUGCUGCUGCCAUUGCAGUAACGACACUACUCUCUCCUCCUCUCCCUGCUAAAGCUGACGACGUCCCUCUCUCUGAAUGGGAAAGAGUUUAUCUUCCUAUUGACCCUGGUGUUGUCCUUCUCGACAUCGCCUUCGUUCCCGACGACCCCACUCACGGUUUUCUACUGGGGACCAGGCAAACUAUUUUGGAAACAAAGGAUGGAGGAACUACUUGGGCACCAAGAUCUAUAGCCUCUGCCGAAGAGGAAGAUUUCAAUUAUCGGUUUAAUUCUAUCAGUUUUAAAGGCAAGGAAGGGUGGAUUAUUGGAAAACCAGCAAUCUUGUUGCAUACUUCCGAUGCUGGUGAAAACUGGAAGCGGAUACCUUUGAGUUCUCAACUUCCCGGUGACAUGGUUUAUAUCAAGGCAACUGGAGAAGAAAGUGCAGAAAUGGUAACUGACGAAGGUGCAAUAUAUGUUACAUCAAACAAAGGAUACAACUGGAGAGCUGCUAUACAAGAAACUGUCUCCGCUACCCUUAAUAGAACAGUUUCUAGUGGCAUUAGUGGUGCUAGUUACUAUACAGGCACUUUCAGUACUGUUAAUCGCUCUCCUGAUGGACGUUAUGUAGCAGUUUCAAGCCGUGGCAACUUCUACCUGACCUGGGAGCCAGGGCAGGCGUACUGGCAACCACAUAACAGAGCCGUGGCUAGAAGAAUCCAAAGCAUGGGCUGGAGGUCUGAUGGUGGUCUUUGGCUACUUGUGCGUGGUGGAGGGCUAUACCUUAGCAAGGGCACGGGGAUAACAGAGGACUUUGAAGAAGUUUCAGUACAAAGCCGUGGUUUUGGCAUUCUAGAUGUUGGCUACCGCUCACAGGAUGAGGCCUGGGCUGCUGGUGGCAGUGGGAUUUUAUUGAAGACCACCAAUGGUGGCAAGACAUGGAUUCGUGACAAAGCAGCUGAUAAUAUUGCUGCAAAUCUUUAUUCAGUGAAGUUUAUCAAUGACAACCAGGGGUUUGUACUGGGCAAUGAUGGUGUCUUACUAAAGUAUCUUGGAUAGAUACAGUCAUAAAACAAGGCUAGUGAAGAAGCAGUUUUGGAAGCAAAUACUUGAAGCUGAACAACUGUAAUUUAAUCUAUAUACACUUGUUCAAUUUAAUUGCUGAUUAUCACAAUAUCAAAGGGAAGUGUUCAUAGGGCUUGAGGUUUUAAAUUAUCUACUGAAAAUAUAUUAGACUCGCACGUUAUCAUGAAGAUGACGUUUUGAAUUGUGUUAAGAUAUACUAUACUUUCAAACAAAUUAAACUUUGAUAAGAUGAGACGUAUCUUGGCUUUG